UCAAUUGGGUGAUUGAUUGUGUGUCCCUCUCUCUUAUUCUAUUUCUUAAACGCAACACAUUGCGUGCCUCCUUCUGAAACCAAAUACUUUAUUCGAUCAACUAUGGCUUAUCUAGCUCCGAUCUCUCCAUCCCUAAGCAUCUUCAAGAACCCACAACUUACCAGCUUCCACUUCGCUUUUUCCUCACCAAAGCCACUUCUCGCUCGCCCUGGGAAUCAGAAUCUAAAGAUGUCCACGAACAAGACGUCGGUGGUGAUUGCAGCUACGACGGCGCCGGCAGCAUCAGAGAAGCAGAAAAAGAGAUAUCCAGGAGAAUCAAAAGGGUUUGUGGAGGAGAUGAGGUUUGUGGCAAUGAAACUUCACACGAAAGAGCAAGCCAAGGAAGGAGAGAAAGAGACCAAAUCUCCUGAGGAGCGUCCUGUCGCUAAAUGGGAACCCACUGUUGAUGGUUACUUGAGGUUUUUGGUUGAUAGUAAAUUUGUUUAUGACACUCUCGAAGAACUUCAAGCCACUUCCCCAACUUAUGCUGAAUUCAAGAACACAGGAUUGGAAAGAUCAGAGAAAUUAGCCAUUGAUUUGGAGUGGUUCAAGGAACAAGGUUACGAGAUUCCAGAACCAACUGCUCCUGGUAAAACAUACUCUCAGUAUCUGAAGGAUUUAGCAGAAAAGGAUCCUCAAGCAUUCAUUUGUCACUUCUACAACAUCUACUUCGCCCACAGUGCCGGUGGCCGUAUGAUUGGGAGAAAGGUAGCGGAGAGAAUACUCGAAGGUAGAGAACUUGAGUUCUACAAAUGGGACGGCGAGCUUUCCCAGUUGCUGCAGAACGUGAGGGAAAAGCUGAACAAAGUUGCCCAGGAGUGGACGAGAGAAGAAAAGAAUCAUUGUCUGGAAGAGACUGAUAAAUCUUUCAAGUAUUCUGGUGAGAUACUUCGUCUCAUAUUGUCCUGAUAUGAUUCUCACUCUCUCUUGAAAAUCCUACUCAAGUGUAUAGUAUAUUCAUUUGUUAUAUAUUGUAUCUCUUUUUAUUGUAAUUAAACUCUUUGUUUCUUUCAUCAAAAAAAAAAAAAAACUUGUUGUUUCA